AUGUCGCCUGUGACCACGAGACUUCGAUCCUCUUCAGAUCUUUAUUCCCCUCUAGAAGAGGCAAUAGACGAAAUUCGACUUAUUGCAAUUGAGGCAUCGCGUCCCGACGGCCCAGUACAAUGCAGGCUCCACAGGGUCUCGUUGAAAGACACUCGAGAAGAGUACUCACGCUUCAUCAAGUCGGCGGGCGAGGCUGGGAAGUCAGCACGUCAGAUUGUUGUCCACUGGGCUCAAUCCUGUGGCGCGGAGUAUAAAAAUCAACCCAACAGCGUCGACCAAUCGACAGCGUCCAAGCCGUCGCCUACUUCCUGCCGUUUCAACUGGGGUGACUUCGCCGCGCUUUCCUAUGUCUGGGGGAACGAACUAGAUCGACGAAACAUCUUAGUGAAUGGAAUCGUGCUCUCGGUCACAGCAAACCUGGAAGUUGCCCUCCGCGCGUUAGCAGCAAAUAACGAAUUCCAAGGUUACUACAAGAUCUGGAUCGACGCCAUUUGCAUUAACCAAAUUGAUGAGGUCGAGCGCGCAAGCCAGGUCAGUAAGAUGAGAGAAAUAUACAACGGUAGCUGGACAGUCAUUUCCUGGCUUGGAAAAAUGGAUCGACGGGGAGAUAUGGGGAAAGCCUUCCGAUUUCUACGUAACAUGGCUUCACUAACCCUGGAGGAACAAGAUCUUGCUCGAGUUAUGACCCAAAGGCCGGGCUUCAUUGAAGAUAGCUCCUUCUUUGCACUGCACGAAAUGAUGACUCGACCGUAUUGGUCGCGACUCUGGGUCAUACAGGAAGUCAUCAUGGGUGCCUCAUCAACCGUUCUGCGUUGUGGGGUCGAUUGGCUAGACUGGAAUACUUUCUGUGCAGGAAUUGCGGUCCUUUACAAUGGAAAUAAUUGGAACCUCAAGGAUGUUAUGCUAUUUCAAGAAUCUGAAAAGAGGGGACUUCAUCGCGACUGUGCUUGGCAUACUUUGAGCCUCCAUCUUGUUCACCAAGACCUCCGCCCCCUUAGCCGAUACGAGGACCAGGGAGGAGAGAGAUUGGGCUUCCGCCGGCUGUUGGAAAUUGCUAGCUCUACUGCUUGCCGGGACGUCUGUGAUAAAGUGUUUGCUUUGAUUGGGAUGAUGGAGCCAGGUAUUGCAAACGAAGUGGUUCGGAAUUACGGUUUAGGUUCCCCACGACUAUUUGCAGCAGUUACGAAAGCAUUCAUUCUCCAUUACAAUAGCCUGGAGCCCCUGCGGCAGGGAAAUCCAUGGGGAGAGUGGGAGGCACCAACAUGGGCAGCAGAUUGGACUUGGCAAGGUCGUAUUCGUUGGUCACGCCCCGAGUCGGACUUCGCGGGUCCACUGUGCAAUUCUCUCGAUCCGAAUCCGAAACCCGAUGCUAUAUACAAUGCCCACGGUGGUAUGCCCGCACGUUAUUCGAUCGUGGGCAACGAUACGAUAUUGCAAUGUGAUGGUUUCGUGCUUGACGAGGUUGCUGGACUUGGUGCGCCUGAGAAGGGAUAUUUUGCCUGGGCUGAAGGAAGGCUGAUACAAUGCUUGACGUGGCGAAGCUCAUAUGGGGAUGAGGAAGCGACAGCGAGCGCCUUGUACAAGGCUCUGCUCGGUGGCAGGAUUUUAAAGGGAAGGAGGGCCAAGGACCGACAUUCAUCGAUCUUGAGCCUCCCAUCCACCUUUGCGGGUGCCGGCCCUCAGUUCAAACGCCGAGGGUGGAAUUGGCUCGCGGAUCAACAGGGUUAUUAUUUCAAAUGGGAAAAAUGGCGAUAUGCAAAUGAUGGUUUAAUGCUCGGCACAAGGACAUUGGGGAGCUACUUCACGGAUGUUAUCCCGGAAGGUGCCGAGGAGGUGACUUAUAUGGAGGUUUACUCGACUGUGUGUAGGAUGGUCAUGGAGCGGCGCUUUAUGCUUACUACGAAGGGCCACUUUGGCUGGGCACCGGAUAAUGCUUAUGAUUAUCGCGAGGUGAACCAAGCCAGGGUUGGCGACCUGAUCGCUAUCAUCUAUGGAUGCAGUACGCCACUGGUCAUUCGGCCGUGUGGAGGCCAAUUCCAAAUCGUUGGUGAGGCAUACGUGGAAGGGUUUAUGGAUGGUGAAGCCGUGGGCCAUCUGCAUAGCAGUGACUUCCAGAUAAAGACAUUCUCCUUCUGUUGAUAUAUAAUAACCAAACGAG